AUGUCGGUCUUGCUCGAGACGAGCGUGGGCGAUAUUGUCAUUGACCUCUUGGUCGAUCAUGCGCCGAAGCUUUGCGAGAACUUCCUAAAGCUUUGCAAAGUCAAAUACUACAACUUCUCCCCCGUACACUCCGUUCAAAAGGACUUUUCCUUCCAAACGGGCGAUCCCCUCGGCCCACUGUCCCAAGAGUCUGAUGGCGGCUCCUCGAUAUGGGGCGUCGCGUCAGGGAAUCCCUCCUUGCGGACGUUUCCGGCCUUCUUCCACCCAAAAUUGAAGCACCUCGAGCGCGGCACGGUUAGCAUGGCUACGGUCCCCCUCACCUCCGAUCCCGAUACCCGCGUUGCCGGAUCACAGUUCAUCAUCACGCUCGGCGAGGACACAGACUUCUUGGACGGCAAGGCGGCGAUAUUUGGCAAGGUUGUGGAGGGCUUCGAUGCCCUGGAGAAGAUCAAUGAGGCGAUUGUGGAUGACAAAGGCUACCCGCUCAUCGACAUUCGCAUCAAGCACACAGUAAUACUGGACGAUCCGUACCCAGAUCCCGAGAACCUGAGGGAGCCGAGUUCGAGCCCUGCACCGACCGAAGAACAACUCAAGACGGUGCGGAUCGCAGAUGAAGCGGCCCUGCAUGAGAAUGAUGGCGUGGACGAGGAAGAGCUCGAGCGCCGGCGGCGAAACCGCGAGGCACAGGCACAAGCGCUGACGCUGGAGAUGAUGGGCGAUCUCCCCUUUGCGGAGGUGAAGCCACCAGAGAACGUCCUCUUCGUGUGCAAGCUGAACCCGGUCACCGGAGACGAUGAUCUCGAGCUCAUUUUCGGACGCUUCGGCAAGAUUCUCAGUUGCGAGGUCAUCCGGGACCAGAAGACGGGGGACAGUUUGCAGUACGCAUUUAUCGAGUACGAAGACAAGGCGUCCUGCGAGGCUGCGUACUUCAAAAUGCAGGGGGUCCUCAUCGACGACAGACGCAUCCACGUCGACUUUUCGCAGAGCGUCAGCAAGCUCAGCGACGUCUGGAGGAAGGAUACAAACACCAAGCGCAAGGCGAAUGCAUCCCGUGGCGGAUGGGGCGGAGUGGAUGAGCUGGAGAAGCGGCGGCAGUACAGGGCAGAAGCGGAGCGGGACACCCGUGGCAACUACGGCAUGGUGUACGGGGACGAGGAAAUGAGGAAGCGGCAUCAACGAGACGGCGGCGAAAGAAGACGAGACGAUGGCCCUGCCCCACGAAACGGAGAUCAGCCGAGGGCACGCAGCCGCAGCCGCAGCCCCCGCCGGAGAGACAGGAGUAGCGAUAGACAAUAUUCCCGGAGGGACGACGGCCGGCGCGAUGACCGACGGGACUGGGAUUCCAGAGACCGGGAUCGACGGCCCGGAGACCGGGAUCGUGACCGCGACAGGGACCGCCCUCGACGUCGCGACGAUACUUACCGGUCAAGGAGAUAG